AUGAAAUUUGCUCUCAGUCUUGCUCGUAUAGCCGUUGCUGUCGCAUCGUCGGCCGCUGUCGACGACAAGUGUUCUUUCGGAUGUCCCGACGUGUAUGAGCCUGUUUGUGGCUCCAACGGCAAGACGUACUCCAACUCGUGUUACUUGCGCCUCGAGUCAUGCCAAAACAACAACGAGAUCACCGAGGCAGGCAAUGGGGAAUGUGCAUCAACGCCGACGUCAUCGACGACGCCCUCCCCUGUAACAACAAGCACCCACAACGCUCGCAGCGCCAUGAAUUGCCCUGCAUGCCUCGACGUGUACGAGCCCGUGACCGACGAGAACGGUAACGUGUAUUCAAACGAGUGCUAUAUGAAGAUGGCAAAAUGCAAGGGGGCCGACGACGACGCCAGCAUGCGUAGCGAUAGCCCUGGUAUUUCUGCGCUCGAUGCUGGACGCAAAUUGGCGGUUGCCGCCGGCAACUAG